AUGUCAUAUUGCGAAGAUUUGAAUACUGCUCGUAAGCAAUUGUUUGGAUCUUUAGGAAAUAAUGCAAAAAAGUAUGUGUCUCUUAUGAAAUUAUGGUUUUCAAUGAAGGUUACAAAAGAAGAGUUUGAUUCUGAGGCUAGAAGAAUGAUGAAUUCUGAUCAGGCUCACUUACAUAAUGUUUUUCUUCUGUGUUUAUUUAACAAAUGCAAUGGACUUUCCAAAGCUACAUCUAAAACAAAAUUAAGAGAUUUUAAAAAAUUGAAAAUGAAUAAAUCUAAAAAAAGUGGAGAUAAAAGUGCUUUUCAGUUGGCAGAUCCAGUUAAUUAUUUACCUCAGCUGGAAUCUCCUCCGCAGCAUUUACAAGAUGAACCGCAAAGAUAUUGUGUUCAAGAAUUAUUUUUACCUGAUCAUUCACUAAUAUUGGGUAGAUUAAUGUUAACAUCAUGGGAAAUGGGUAUGGAAGGAGCAGAAGACAGUGCUGCUGAAAUUUUAGUUCAUGCCGUCCAGUACUUUCUGAAGAAUUUAUUAACAAUAAUAUUAGCUCAAAGAAAUGGAUAUAAAUUAAGAGAAAAUAAAUUUAUUUAUUCUCUAGGUUGUCCAGUUCCAAAUCCAUGGUUGAGAAAUUACAAUGGAUUAGUCGAUAAUUCUUUACAUAGUAAUAUGACAGAUAUUAUUGAGGAUGAUGAAAAUAUUCACGUUCCUAAAAUUCCUUUAACUGAAGAAGAAAUCGAAAGGAGAGAAAUGUACCAUCUUGCAUGCUCGAAUCCAAAUUUAGAAGCUCAAUCGAAGCCACCUGUAUCUGCAUAUGAAGUAUUUCAAGCAUUACAGAUUCACAAAUCAACCAUACCUUCUCAUACAUUAUAUGCUAUUAAUAUGGAUAAAAUAAUUUCAGCAUUCAGUCAUCCGAGUCAUGAAGAAAUUGAAGCAGCCAAAUAUUUUGUUAAUUCUUAG